AUGUCUUAUAAGUUUAGGCUUUUUUUAGCUAUAUGGCCGCUAAUAUGGUUUAUAAUAAUAUUAACAAAAAUAAAACAAUGUUUUUGUAUAAAUUUGAAAAAAAAUAAAUUGAAUUAUAUUUCCCAUAAUAAUUAUGUUAUAACAAAAACAAAUGAAUAUCAAACCGGAAAACUGAGAAAAAUCAAAAAUCAUUAUUUUCCUCGAAAUACAAUACGAAAUAAUUACUUAAAAUUUUUUAACAAACUAAAUGUAUUGAACAAUAAAAAAGUCAUAUCAAAUAUUUUCCCCCUUUAUUACUUUAACCCCUCAAGCAUUGGGUUAUAUCAAAAUGUAUGGGACAAAAAUUAUGAGCAAGCAUUAGAAGACAAAAAAUAUUUAUGUAAAUGGAAUUAUAAAAAUAUAAUAAAAAUACAAGUAAAAUCAAAAAGUGAUAAUGAAGAAGAUAAAAAAGGGUCAAAUGAAAAAUUGGGAAAAAAAAAAACUAAUAAAGCAGUCGAAAAAAAUAAGACUAGUGGAAAUAAAAAAAAAACAUCAGAAUCGAAUAAUACCAAUCAAGAAGAAGCUAAUACAAAAAAUGAAAUAAAUAAUGAGGAAAUCGAAAGUGAUAUAAAAAAAAAUACUAGUGUAAAAAAAAAACGGGAUAGCUCAAAAAGUGCAGAUAAAACUAAACUAAACUUAGAAGAAAUAGAUUCCAAAAAAGGAAAAAAAUCAAUAGGGAAAAAAAAUAAAGAAGAUUUAUCUUCUACUUUAAAAAAAUCAAGUAAUAAAAUAAAUGAGGAUGUGCAUACACCCUCGAUUAAUAACAAUAGUUCUUAUAAAAAUAGUGAAAAAAAACAGACAAAAUAUGGCACUAAAAAUGGCUUAUCAAGCAAUAAUCAACAUAUUGAGCCAAUAAAUGAAUCAAAUAUUGGGAAAUCUUUUGAAGGUACUGUAUCUUCAGUUAAUGAAGGAGCAGCAUAUAUAAAAAUAUCAGAUUUAAAUAGUUUUGGAGUAUUAUUUAAAAAUAAAUCGAACUUAGGUAAUGAUAUAGACAAUAUGAAUAACUAUUUCAAAGUAAAUCAGAAAGUUACUGUUAAAAUAUUGGGUGUAAAUUUAAAAAGAAAUAUAUAUUAUUUAGGGAAUAUAAUAAAAUAUAAUAAAGAUAUAAUAUUAGAAAAAGGAGAUCAAUCAAAAGGUUUGAUAACAAAAAUAUGUGAAUCCUAUUGUUUUAUUAAGAUAUUAAAAAAUGGAAGUGUAGGAUAUUUGCAUCGAUCAAAAUUGAAAUUUUUUGACAAUUCCAUUUUAAACAAUUUAACCGAUACAACAAAAAAUAAAGAAGACAACAUAAAUAAUAACGACUUAAGUUUUGAAUCCCUUUUAGAUGUAACAAGUUUAGAGAUGCAAACCAAGUUGACAAGAUUGAUACAGUUUCAAAACAUAUUUAAAAUAUGGGAUAUAAUAGAUAUAGAAAUAUUAUCUAAAUCGGAACAAAAUUUCAGUUCAAGCUAUAUUUUAACAAUACCCAAAGAAACAAAUACAUUCAAACGGGUUCUAGAAUAUGCCCAAUCGGCUUACAAACAAAAUAAAAAUAACUUAACAACCUCAGGAAAUAAACAAGAAAACUCAACAAAUAUAUCUCUAAAAGGGAUCCUAAAUGUAAAGAAAAAAAUAACUGAUCAGACUCAACAAAAUUUAGAAGAAUUUACUAACAUUGAUGGAAAAGAAAUUAUAAAAGAUACAAUUUUAAACAGUUCCGAUGAUUAUAUUAAUAUUCAAAAAAAAAAAAAAAAUAAUAAAAUUAUUUACAAUUUAGAAGAUGAUAAGAUAGGAAUGAAAAAAGAAAGAAGCAAAAUAAAUGACAACUUUGAAAAUUCUGUAAAAAAAAAAAAAAAAAAAAAAGAUAAAGAAAAAGAAAAAUUAACAAAAACAUAUCAAUUACCUAACAAUAAUAAUAUUAACUUGUCUAUGCUUUCAAAAAUUAUUAAAAUAUCCCCAUCUUCUUUAAAAAAAUUCUUUAUGAUAAAUGAAAAAAAAGAAUUUAGUUUUAAUUCUGAAUUAACUUUAGAUCAAAUAAAAAAGGCUUGUGAUUAUUUUGAGAUUCAGUAUAGCUCAGUAUUACCAGCUAUACCCCAUGAAAAAUUGAAUGAAAUUGACACAACUUCAGUAAAUGUGAUUGAGAGUGUAGAAAAUAAAAGUAGCCAAAGUUUGACAUCACCCUCUAAUAGUGUUAGUUUGAAAAUGGAAGGUGGUGAAGAUAUCAAAAAUAAAGUGAUAGAUGAAAAGGAAAAGAAGAGAAAUAUCGUUGUGACAUUUAUAGGGCAUAUUAAUCAUGGAAAAACAUCUUUGUUUGAUUAUAUAUGUAAAACUAAUGAAAGAAAUAAAGAACAUGGAUUAAUAACACAAAACAUACGAGCUUUUAAAGCAAAUAUAAAUGAGAAUUCAGUUUGUACAUUUAUAGAUACCCCUGGUCAUGAAGCUUUUAUUCCAAUAAGACAAAGGGGUAUUAAAAUAUCAGAUUUAAGUAUAUUAGUUAUAUCAGGGGAAGAAGGAAUUCAAGAACAAACUAUAGAAUGUAUAAAAUUAAUAAAAGAAUUAAAUAUAAAAAUUAUAAUUGCUAUAACAAAAACGGAUAUACCAAAUAUAGAUGUAAAUAGAAUAAUAAAUGAUUUAUUAUAUUAUGAUAUAUCAACUGAAAUAAAUGGUGGUGAAAUUCAAGUAGUUGAAUGUUCUAUAUAUAAAGAAGAUUCUAUUAAUAAAUUAUUAGAUGCAAUAUAUUUAGAAUCUGAAUUUAUUGAUUUAUCUAUAAAAGAUAAUGAAAAAGCAGAAGGUGUAGUAUUAGAUUCAUAUGUUGGUAAAAAUGGUAUUGUAUCAAUUAAUUUGCUACAAAAAGGGGUACUCAAAUUAAAUGAUAAUUUUUAUACUGGAUCAUCAUAUGGAAAAAUAAAAGUUUUAAAAAAUUACAUGAAUAAAAAUAUAAAAUGUGCAUACCCUUCUGAUCCUAUUAUAAUUAUAGGGUAUAAUAAAAAUUCUCUUCCAAUUGCUGGAGAUAAAUUUCAUGUAGUUGAAUCGGAAACAAUUGCAAAAGAAAUUUCUGAACAUAAUAAGGACAGUAUCCUAAGUUCACAAAUUAAUGACUUUAAUUACUCAAUGCCAACACUUGAUAAAUAUGAAAAUUUUAUUAUCAAUCCUGAAAUGGAAAGCAGUAAUGACAUCAUAGAUCAAAACAAUGCAGAGACUAACCAGUCUAGUGAUAAAAAUAGUGACACACUUGAAAAUAAUGUUGAACAGAAUGACAAUGAAAAUCGAUUAAAGGAUGUAUAUAUAAAUUAUUUUAUAAAAUGUGAUAAACAAGGUACUAUAGACAUUUUAAAAAAUUCGAUUUUAAAACUAUCUAAAGAAGAUACUAUAUAUAGAAUUAGAAAUAAAAUUAUAUAUGCAAAUAUUGGUGAUAUAUCAUCAAGUGAUAUAAAUUAUGCACUUAGUUUUAAUGCCAUUAUCAUUGGAUUUAAUGUUAAAAUAGCUAAAAAUGUAAAAAGCUUGAAAAAUAAUGGAAAUUCUCAAUUUAUUUUUUCAAAUGUUUUAUAUGAAUUAAUAGAAAAUGUCGAGAAUGAAAUGACCAAACGAUUAAGUAAAAAACCAACUGGAAAAUAUAUAGGAAAAGCAAAAAUUUUGAAAAUUUUCAAUAUUUCUAAACUGGGAAAAAUAUCAGGUUGUAGUGUUAUUAAUGGUACCAUUAAAAAUAAUAGUAAUGUAAGAAUAUUGAGAGAUGGUAAUGUUAUAUAUGUUGGAAAAAUUAUAUCUCUAAAAGUUGUGAAGGAAGAAAGAACUCAAGUAAAUCAAAAUGAAGAAUGUGGAAUGGCCUUUGAAAAUUUUACUGAUUUUAAUCCAGGUGAUAUUAUUGAAGCAUAUGAAGAAGAAUAA